CGCACCCGCGCAGUCGCGCCCGCGCCAGCCAUGGCGGCCGCCGGCCUGCCCGAACUCGAUUUCUCACAGAUAAAGACGCGCUCCAUCGAGAGAACCCUCCUGCCCCUCAUCAAACAGAUCAGCAGCCUGGUUGCGACGCGCGGCGAGGCGGCCGCGGGCGGCGCGGCGGUGCAGCGCGUGGGCGCCGCUGUCUGCUGCGCCGUGGAGCGGUUCGUAGCCGUGGGAGAGACUAUCGCGGACGACAACCCCGACGUGCGACACAGCAUGGUGCUCGCCUGCAAGGAGGCGAGAGCCGCCGGUCGCGCUAUAGAGCGGGUGUGCACGGGCGCGGACGGCGCUGGCAUGGUCUCGGCCGCGCGCGCCCUCCUCGCCGCCGUCACCAGGGUCCUGUUGCUCGCCGACAUGGUUGUAGUGCGACAACUUCUACUCGCUAAGGACAAGGUGGCGCGGUCGCUGGACCGGCUAGAGUCGGUAUCGAACUUCGCAGAGUUUGUGCGUGCAUUCACUGAGUUCGGCGGAGGCAUGGUGGAGCUGGCCAGGCUGACGGCCGAGCGCCGCGCCGACCUGCGCGACGAGCGGCGGAGAGCGCAAGUCGCCGCCGCAAGGAACGUCCUUGAGCGAUCCACGCUCAUGCUCCUUACCUCAUCAAAGACUUGUUUGCGGCAUCCGGGCAGCGCAUCGGCGCGCGAAAACCGCGACACUGUGUUCUGCCAGAUGAGACGAGCCAUGGACCUUAUACACUACGUGGUGCGAGACGGAUUGCCGGGCCAUGAGGAACAUGCGCAAGAGGCUGCUCAGUGGGAAGCGGGAACAGCGCUUGGCGCGCUAAGGGGUCUGUCGGCACAAGUGAGGGCGUCGAGGGCGCGGGGAGGCGCCGACGCGGCUCGGAGACGCGCCUUAGCUGCUACAUUGAGGGCUCUUGUGGAACGAACGCAUGACUUCACUGAUUCCGCAUACACCUCCCAUGAGCAUAGGCAGAGGAUACUGGCGCUGGCAGAGAGGAUCGCGUACGAGCUUGAACGGCUCGUAGCGGUGGCUGUAUCUUUGGAAGAGCAAGGUUCUAUGGGAAGCGGUGCCGCGUUAGAGAGUGCAUGUACGGGCGCGACGGGCGCGGCGUCGGAGUUGGAGCGGGCGCUGGUCGCAGCGGCGCGAGACCAGGCGAGAGACCUGACUCCGCUCGCCGAUGACGCCAAGAAACUCGCCUCCGACCUUGCUCAUAUAGCCAGUUCCUGUGGUGAGAGAGAAUCAGAGAGACUGCACAACAUUGCGAGCCAGCUCCAUGAACAAUUAGAUCAUAUUAUAGAGGUAUGUAAAUUGCUCAGACAUAUAGCAAUGUCCGAAACCCUUCAAGUGAGCGCGAAAUUCGCAGAAAUAAAUCUGAGGAUAUACGGUCCUCAAGUAGUAACAGCGGCGAGGACGCUGGCCGCCCAUCCCGGUAGUGCUGCGGCGAGGGAGAACCUCGACGUGUUUGUCGACAUGUGGGCGUGGCUACUUGCAGAUGCGGCACGAUUAGCUAGAGAAUUGCUCGACCUCACCGACGAACGGCCUGAUAAGCAACAAUACAGUAGUUUACCUAGGCCUGGGAAACAUGGCACAACGAGUAAACCGCUUAAAGCAGUACGACUUGAUUCUGAUGAGCAAGCAAAAAUAGCGAAAUCGGGUUUGGAAAUGAAAAUGAUGUCGUCGGAAAUGGACGCCGAGACGGAUAGGUGGCAAGGUGCUGCUGCCGACGAAAACAACGACAUAGUAAAGAGGGCAAAGAAUAUGUCUUCCAUGGCCUUCGCAAUGUAUCAGUUCACGAAAGGUGAAGGCCGCUUAAACACUACGCAAGACCUCUUCACACAAGCAGAGUACUUCGCUGAAGAAGCGAACAGAUUAUACAAAAUUGUUAGACAAUUUUCUUAUCAGGUGCCUGCUGGAUCAACGAAAAAAGAAUUGCUAGAGCAUUUAGAUAAGGUUCCCACUUAUGUUCAACAACUUCAGUUCACUGUAAAGGAGCCCACAGUGGGCCGCGCGGCGACAUUUAGUAAAGUAGAUAACGUUAUACAAGAGACGAAGCACCUAAUGAACGUCAUAAGCAAGGUGGUCACGACGUGCUUCGACUGCGCUAACAAGUACAAAUUGGACUUCACGGGCCUAUCAGCGGGCGGAGCCGGGGCGGGCGGCGGCCGCGGCACAUCUCGCGACGAGGAGGCGGGGGGCGGCGGCGGCGGCGACGCCAAGCCGGGGGGGAGCAGCUCCGACACCGCCAUGUGACAGUACGGCAUGGGCCGGCGCGGCAAGGGCGACGCGCGCCGGACCAGGGUCAGCUUCCUCUUGUUUUAAACGGUUGAACGUCUUAAAACAACUCGUCGCCUAAAGGGAGGAGGGUCACCAUCCGAUCAGUUGCAUAAAGCUACACAUACAUUAAUAACUCUAUCUAAUAGGUAAUCACAAAAGACAUUAAUCAAUAAAUAUUACAUUGUACGAGUUUUAAAUAUUUUGAUAGUAUACAUAUUCUUGAAUCUACAGAAUACGUACAUUUUUCACUGCAUCAAAAAAGAGGAGACCAGUUAUAAUUAGACAUGUAUGAUUUUUUUAUAUUUUAAUAAGUAAUAUUUUCUGACUUGCAAAUCGCAGAUUGCUGAUCAGUACAAAUGUCUUUAAUUAAUGAUUUCAAUUCCAAUUCCAUAAAGAAGUUAAUAGUAACUACCAAGUUAUAAGUUCACUUUUUCAAAUAAUUAUACUAACUGCAACAGUGAAGUGAUUCUACGUCGCAUUAUUAUAAACACGUAACUACACAUAACAGCUUUAUGCACUUCCAGAUCGAUGUUGACCCCGGGUAUCACACGCAAUGCAUUUACAACAGCAAUGACUUUUUAUAUAAUAAUUCGAACAAAAGUACUUAAAUGAUCGUGUGUGCUACUUGAAAUGAAACCGACCACAGAAGCUGACAAUCUAUUUAAUGUGCUCAACCAUAUUGGCCCUAUUAAAUAGAUUGCAGAUAAAUAAAUACAUAAAUAUAGAUUGACAGUACGAUAUACAAAGUAAGUGUUUGGAGAGCACUUGCGACACACAAAGCCUCGUCUUAGUUAUUGAUAGAUCGCAGGCGUGCGGACGCAAUGGCUGUGGGUCUAAUGUUUACUCAUAUAUUUGCGUAUGUAACAUAUUUUGUUACUAGUAUGCCUUUAAAUACUAAACAAAAAUGACUUGAUUAAAUUAAAUAUCAUACUUUAUCACUUAAAACUUUAUCUUCUGUACUUAGCUUACUAGAUUAGAAGGCAAACGAACAGGUGUUUUCAGCUAUAUUAGGAAUGUUGCCUCGUAUAGACAAAUUUGUGAUCAAUAAUAUUAAGAGAAGAGUGAAAUCGUACAAUAAUACUUGUUACACUUACAUAAUGUUACACAUUGUUACAUAAUUGAUACGUAAACAACACAGAUACUAUGUAUUUUUAGUUAUCCUUUCUUAAACCUGUAUAUAACAAAUAGUUGAAUUCCUUAGACGUUACCUGUAUUAUCUUCGAGAGAUAUUGUUUACCACCGAAUCUAUUCUAUCUGUCGAUGCACCCACCUGCACUCUGUUGUCCUGUUGCACAUUGUUUUUUGUUUAGCACGCACGCUUACUCUGUUUCUUUAGCAUUGAUGUGUCAUUAUGUUUUCACAUACUAUUCUACCACAUUUUACUUCUGAACGACACAGUGUUACUCCUGCAUUCGAUGUUCUCGCAUUACCUACUAGCCGUUUACUCUUUCAACGAAUUCGUGUAAAUACAUUAGAAUGCGAUCAUAGUGAAUAUUUAAAUAUUUAAAAUUCGUUUUUAAUGCCCUUGAGGCGAGUGGACAUUGCAUGAUUGUGAAACGGAACAAAUAGCUGUGUGUUGCAUGUGUGUUAACGUGACUAUCGUUAUGGCUGUCGUACGUCAUCUUUCCGACGGAGGAUGUUUAAUGUUAAAAUGGGGGAAAUUGACUCUGGUGGUUGUCACGACAACUCCCACAUCGCCCAGUAACGCAGUGUUAUAUACGACCGAGUGCAGACUACAGAGUGCACACUCGACACAGACUGCGGGCAGGCGUCUGCGAAAUGCACACACAUGCAUGUUAAAUGUUGUUCAUCGCCUGGCUAAAAGUCUCGCUCGUGAGCAUAAAUUUUAUAUCGCCCGGCAUGUCUGCAAUGCAAUGCUAUAUUAAACCUAUCCGUUUCGGCAAUAAUGAACAUAUCAAUACUAUUAGAUUUAUUGUUAUUGCUGUCUACAGUUCCACGACUAAGUCGUUAUUUAGUUUUUAAGUGAUGAUUGUAUUUAAUGGCUUCUUUGAUCUGGUUGCAGCUAAGACUGUAAAACCUUUGAGAUCCUAGGGUUGAUUCUUAGGAUAGGGUUUAAAAAUGUGUAGUACUUAUAUACACUUAUGAAAUGUCUCAGAAUGGUGGGUGGUCGUGUUGAUAUCGUGAAAGAGACUUGUGUAAAUAUAUCUCAAUGCUCGGAGCGUAUAUAGCUUCGCGAACCGUGGUGGCAAUUAUUGCAACGCUGCCUAACCCUUUGGGAAUAUAAGGAUGUACUUAUGUAUGUAUGUAUAUUUUAAUGACUUCUGAUAGUGUAUAAAAGUAACCGACUUUGAUUAUAUUACCUAACGUUACGUUGUCACAUUAAAAGCUAAUCUGACUUCUUUUUAUCAAUUAAAUUAUUACUGAAUUAGCUUACUAGACUUAAAUAAUCUUUGAUUUAAAAUUGAAAACUACUGGCCAGUCCAGGCUAGACAAGUAGGUAGGAACAUUAGCAAGUACGCAUAUAUAUGUUGCUAACGCACUUCCAACUUUCUAUAUGUGUAAUGCACUCGUUUAGUAUAUAUGCCUGUAAUGACACUGUUUUCGCAUAAACAGAAUAUAGUUUCUGGUUUAAAUAUAAUAUGUAAAAGUGUUGAACAGUUGCUCUGGUUGCUUGAAAUACUGACUAACGCUUUACAGUUCACACCACCGCUAUUUGUCGUUGAUAAGACGAUGCCUGCUGUCUGUGCUCGACCUCACGUUUCCAUCUAACGGUCUAUAUAACACUUCGCUUGUCUCAAGCAUUACUUUAAUAUAUAUAAAUGUAACUGCGUUAACGAAUUCGACUUUCGGUUUUAGAUUUUACGAUAUAUCUGUUUGUAACUCUAUCUUUGUAUCUAAUUGUUAGUAUAUUCAUUGCCUUCUUAAUUAUUUAUAUCCAAACGUAUAAUUAGUCAUAAGAAAGUCAGUUUCAAUUGUAAUACGAAUAAUUUAAUAUAGUUACUCACAAUUUAAAAUAUAUAAUUACGAAUAAUGUAAAGAGCUUGAUAAAGCUUUAUAAUGAAGUGUUGUGAAUCGAACUUGUGGCCACUUAACGUUUAGAUUCAAUAUUAGAAUUUAAAUGCUUUGACUGUUAAUACCAAUUAAGUUUAUUAAGGUUUUCUGUAAAUUCAGUGUAAGGUUAUAAUUAUUAGUUUAUGUAGCUAAUUGGCAAGACUUCGUAAAUGCCUGUUGCCGUAUUUUAUCGCAUAAUCAGAUGGUAAAAAUAUACAUUGGCGAACAUCUUUUCAAUACGACAUUCACAUAAUUAACUGUUAGGGCAACACAUAAAGGUACUGACCUGGAACUGAAUUGGACUGACCCCCAAAUUAUAUACUGCAUAAGAAAAUAAUUCAUUCGUAAAAAAUAAACAAACUCAGUUAUUGUACUGUGCCAAAUAAGAAAAUUCAACAAUCACGCACUACUUUUAAGACGCAAUUUUAAAAAUGCAUAAAGCCUUGCUUCCAUACGAGCACGUUUCUACGCCAAUUUAUUUUUUAAUUGUUAAUGAUAUUUAUAUAUGGAGAAUAAAAAUAUAGUAGUUUAAUACAAUAGCUGUGCCAUUGUGCCUACUUGCGUAGAGUAUUGGAUUAAAGUUUUAAAAACAUACGUACAUAAUAUUAUAAAAAUACAUAUUAUAUAACACUCAGAGCAAAAUCUUGGUUUCAACCUACAAUAAUAGGGAGAUACAAAAUCAGGAACUUCCAUUGCAUAUUUAUUGGUUAGUACGUAGGUAGGUAGAGAUUAGACAUACAGUGAUUUGUGAUAUUAUAAUAUACUUAUCGAGAUUUAGUACAACGUCCUUUUAUUUCAACAUUUUUAUAGUUAUUAUUAACUUUAGAAUGACACGAAAGAACACCAAUAAUAGUUACCAUUAAUACUAAUGUACUUACAUAAGUUACUUAUAAGGAUUUCAAUAAUUAAGUAUUACGGGAAAUUGUGGAAAGUAAAGUGGUGGAAUUUGUCUAUACUGUUGAUUUAUUCGUCUAGUCUUCUUAAACUUUUUACUCAGCUUAAUACUAAAGAUCUUUUGCAAAUCUUUAUAGAAGCACGUUAAGCCUCAAUCUACGCACCAACGAAACUUCUUUUUGGAAAUUUAAACAUAAGAUUCGUUACAUUUUUUGCAAUACAUGCAUAAUCAUGCAUUGCCAAGUUCUAGUUGCUUAUACAUUAUAAAAUAAAUCUAAUGGCAAUGGCUAGUCUAUUAUUUGUAACUAAAUUGUGUUUAUAAGGAUAGUAUUCGAUUGCAGCGUGAAGAAAAUGAACCAAAAAUACAAUACCUAUAUAUAGCCUUAUAAAUGAAAAUUACUAUAUGCUGAGGUGCAAAUACGUAUGCGUAAUAAAUAAGUAAGUCUCAAAUACACAGGUGAUUCAGAAAGGGUGCAGUAAAAACCACACGUGCGGGGAAAGUGUUCGAUAACUUGCCAGUAACAUUCAGAUACGCAAAUAUUAAACUUUGUAAUGUUAAGUAUUACACGUUAUAAUUGUUAGUGAUUUACAUUGAUCCGUAAAACUGUUAAUAAAAGUAAAAAGAUCACUACGACAUUUUUUAAUGCGUAUUUAAGAUACAUAAGGUUAUUUCAAUUACAAUACUUUUUUGGUAUCGCAAUAAAUAUGCAAAUACUAUUAAUAUCACACUUUUUUGUCCUCAAGCAGUAGUAUUUUAGGGGUUUGUAAGCACGAAUCAUCGUUCCGUAUGUGCUGUUAUUACUGCAAUCUCCUUACUGGAACACACUGUGUAAAUGAUUGUAAUCCUGAAGGAAUAAAACCCCGAUGAUCGAGUAAUUGCUGUAAAUAGUUUUGAUAGAAUUUAAUCGAGCGGAUUGUAGUAGUCGGAUAUAUAGUCAAAAUGGAUACUUUGUGCUCGUCGUUGUAAGGUGGAAACUGUUGUGGUUGUUAUAUUUGAAGUUGCAUUUUCAUUACAAUACCUUAAUUAAGUAGAAAUAUAUUUUCCAUAGCGCUGCCAAAAAUAUUAAUAAUAUAGAGGUAGUAAUGUUGUUUACAUAACGUAAUAUUUUGAGGUUGUUCAUGAAUAUAUGGAGUGUAUUUUAAUGUGGUUGACGAAUGUAAUAACACUGUGUAUGUGAUUUAAUACAUCACCAAAUUAAAAGAAAUUCAUACAAGUAA